AUGGAUGGCGGCGUUGCUACCUUCACAGGCAUGGAAAUGCUGAUCGCCUGGAGGAAACAUUACUGUUCUCAAAGUCCUGUCGCAGCGAUAAAUAUGGGUAAACCGAAACGACCUCUUGGGUGCCCACAAAGGCCGAGGCAUGCUAGAGUUUCUGUAGAUAACGCAAUGAAAUAUCAGGUUAUCGAUACAGCCCUACAGUUUCCCAAGUCGCCCGAACGCCGACUCGUCAUAAUUAUGGGUUGUCUUCCACAUCUUUUUCGGGCCCGUGUUACUCCAUUUCCGAAAGUCCCACAUCUAACAUCACCAGAUCAACUGAGACCGAUCUCCGUGUCGUCCAUUCUUGUCCGUUGCUUCCAUAAGGUGCUUGCUGAUCGCUCGAGUCGAAGAUUGCAACUGUUCUCACUUCAGUUUGCAUUUAUGCAUCGAGACGGUUGUUUGGAAGCCACAUCGCUGUUACAUGCCCUGCUUCGUCACUCAUCGGCGACUGCUUCUAACCUCAGCUUGGCGUUUGUCGAUAAAUCGAAAGUGUUCGAUUCGGUUUCGCAUGACACAAUCGUCAGAUCUGCCGAGGCCUUUGGAGCUCUGUCACCUCUUGUUCGAUAUAUCGCAUAG